AUGUAUAACACGUCCAGUUAUUUUAAAUCGUUCCCCAUUGUGUUAUUCAUCAUUUCCCUAAUACUACUUCGUCAAAAUUGUGUUUGCACACAUGAUUACUCUGAAAACUCAAAUAAAAAAAUAGACCACUUUGUUGAAGCGUAUGACUUACUAGAUAAAGGUGAAUACGAAAAAUCUUUCUCCAAUUUAAAAAGCUGUGUUCACUAUGAUAUAAGAUGUUUGACACUGAGUGGGGUAUUCUAUUAUUUAGGGCUGAAUCCUGUAAAAAGGGACGUAUGUAAUGCUCUCUAUAUAUGGAAAGUGUGUUCAGAUUACGGCAGUUCAGAUGCUCAAUUUUACUUGGCUGUUAUGUAUUCAAACUAUUUUUCUUUACCUAAUUUGUAUUCAUAUUAUGUUGAAGAAGAUGAAAUAGAACAGAAUAUAAUAUUAUUUAGAAUGUAUUUACUUUUAAGAGCUAAGUAUUUAGAAAGGGGUAUAGCAGUUGGUCUACAUCAAAAAAGUGGAAAGUACGAAGAGCAGGUAGAAGGGGAAGUGGAAAAGGGAGAGGGGAAAAAUGAGGGUAAGAAAGGGGGUAAAAAAGAAGGAAAACAUACACAGGGAGUAGAAGCAGAAGCAGAAGUAGAAGUAGAAGUAGAAGUAGAAGCAGAAGGAGAAGCAGAAGGAGAAGAGGAAGUAGAAGCGGAAGUAGAAGCGGAAGUAGAAGAAGAAGACGCUCGAAAUUUCCGAAAUGUUCCAAUGAUCAGCUUUACCCAAAAUAACGAGUUAGUUUUGAAAAUAAAAAACAUAAGGUACAAUACUGAUGAGCUAAAAGUAUAUUUUAAGAAUUUGGACAACUUUCCAAAGAAAGAUUUUUAUGUUAAAAAAGGAAGAAAAAUAAAUUACAGUCGCAAUCAUAAUUUAAGUUUAUUAUAUUAUUAUAGUAGUAGUAUAGCAAAUCACCCAGGCAGCCUUUUAGCAUUAGGAGUAAGAUAUAUGAACGGUUAUGGGGUAGAAAAAGACUGUGACACUGCUGCUAGAUAUUACUUAAGAUUAAUAAAGGAGAUAUUUAAUUCUGGUGAAAAAACUGAAUUUGAAAUUGUUGAUUUAAUGAGAUUAAAUGUGCCAUAUUAUGAUAGAUAUAAUAUAAAUAAUAAAAGAAUAAAAAAUAUUGAAAUUUUUCUAGAGUCAUCCUUACAUGAUAACCAUCGAAUAAUAACAAUGAUAGCACGUAGGUAUUUAAUGGGAAUAGAUGGAGUAGAAAAAAAUUAUAAAAAAGCUCAUGAUUAUUUAAUAAAAGCAGCUAAAUACAACAAUUCGGAAGCAAUAUCUUUAUUAGGGUAUAUAUAUAUGCUUGGCUUAGGAGUUAAAAUAAAUUAUAAUAAAGCAGCUGAAUAUUUUAUAAGAGGAAACAAAUUAAAUGAUUCUUUAAGUUUUAAUGGAUUGGGUUAUAUGCAUUUUUUUGGUUUAGGUAAUUUUAAAAAAAACCCUAAUUUGGCAUUUUACUAUUUUGAAUUAUCAGCUAAGAAUAAUUUAUCGUCUGCUCAAUUUAAUUUAGCAUGUUUGUAUUUAAGUGGAGUUGGUGCUGCUCAAUCUUUUCAAAAUGCUUUCUAUUGGUUUUAUAAAUCAUUAAAUAAUGGAAAUUUGUUAGCAGCAUAUGUGAUUGGAUAUAUGCAUUACAAUGGAAUUAUUACUGCAAGGAAUUGUAAAUUAGCCUUAUCUCUUUUAGCGAAAGUUGCAGAAAACCAUGUUUUUAUUUUAAAUACAACCAAUAGAAUUAUUAGAUAUACAGAAAAAGGAAGAAUCAAAGAAGCUCUAUUUUUAAUGGCAUUACUAGCUGAAACUGGAAGUGUGCAAUCACAAAUAAAUUUAUCUUACAAAAUUAACAAUCAUGACUUUGCAUUUUUUUUACCAACAAAUGAUAAAUGUAAAAAAGUUUAUGCUAGCAGAUACCUAGCCAUGGCAUCUGAGAACAACGAUUUUAAGUCUUUGUACACUUUAGGGGACUAUGCUUAUAAGGGCUAUGGGUUGUACAUUCGUAUAUUUCCUAAGAAUAACCUACCCAUUAAUUCGUUAUAUGAUAUAAAUCAUAGUGAAUAUUUGUAUACCCAUGCAGGAAUUGGCCAAAGAAGCGGUUUAAAAAAUGGUGUAAAAAAUGGCGAAAAAAGUGGAACAAAAAGUGGAACAAAAAGUGGAACACAAAGCAAUGCAAAAAACAUUGCCAGAAUAAGCGCCCGAACCAGUGACGGUUUCUCAGGUGUGGUAAAGACGAACAAGAUAAUUUCUACAGAUUUCGUGGACGAGGCUGGUAUAAUUUUCAACGACAAAUGGAAAUUUCAUUUUGGAUUUAAAUUUUCUUUUAAUGAGGUAGACUACCAACUAGCUUAUCACCAUUAUAAAAGUAUAAUAUCUUAUUAUCCGAAUAAUUUUUAUGUUAUUCAGGCCUUGUCAAGAGCUUGCUAUAACUUAGGGUUCAUGCAUUAUUAUGGUAUAGGUGUUUCAAAAAAUAUAGAAAAAGCAUUAAUUUAUUUCAAUUCAUCUAUUAAAAUUUACCCAACGAAUAAAGUUCCAUCUGUUUUAUUUGUCUUAUAUAUAAAAUUGAACAAACAUUUAUAUAAUUUUAAAAAAAAAAUUAAAGAUUUUAAAAAGAUUUUAUUUUUUUAA